GACAGUGAGAAGACGGCGAAGCAGCAGAAGCUGGAGGAGCACAACUCAGUUUUAUUGUAUGUUUUCAUGUACAACAGCAAACACACACAGUUUGUGCAUCUAAAAUGCAUGAGGAGUCACCAUGCACGCACGCUCACUGGGGAUCAGUCUGAACAGGUCAGGAUGUUUAACAUGGGUUGUUGUGCUUUGUUUUAGUUUUUUCACCACAUUUGUUUAGAGCAUUACAUGUGUGUUUUAGAAUGGCAUGAUAUUUUUGUUUUGAAGGCCUAUUUACGUAGGCAUUCUGCUUCUCACGUUUCACAUAUAAGCAUUUGAAUGGCUAAAAGAUACUUUCGGCUUGGUGUACAGGCUUAAGACUUUCACUACAAACAUUUACAAACUGAUUUUUGUUUUUUCUCAGUUAAUGUGCAUCCUGUGCUCAAUUUGUGCAUUUUUGCAUGUUAAAAGGUUUCCCAAAAGUAGUUGCUCUACAUUUAGUGAAGCCGCCUAUUCAACUAGAAAUGAACGCUAGCUAAAUAAAUAAAUGAAUAAAUAAAUAAAUGAUGAAUGCCGCCAGGAGGGCGACACAUAUUUUGCCAUCUCAUUUGGCGACCGGUAACAGUCCGUUGUUUUAGCUUGUCUAAGGAAUGUCUGUAUUACAUAAAAUCAUGCAUGAAAAAGAAAGAAAAGACAAAAGUGAUAUUUUAUUCAUUAGGGCUGUCGAUAUUUGAGCAUUCUGAUGCAAUCUGGUCUGCAUUUAUAUGCUAACAUAAUUUAGUUCUGUAACCUAAGGCAGAGUUUGCCAUCACCUCGACGGACCUUGGCUGAGUGUGUGUGCAGCCCUUGUUACUAAUAUCUCAUCAUGAGCGUGUGUGUGUGAGUGUGUGUGUGUGUGUGCUGUUGAUUUCUCAUUCACUAAGAAACAUGGCGAGCAAUCACAAAAUGUGGCAUCUCCUGCUGCUAUUUGGGAUGUAAAUCUCUUGGUGGAAAUGUCAUCUCUCCUUAACAACAAAUCAAAUGACGAUAUUGAAGAUUCUGCGUGAGGUUAGAUUGUGGCCGCAUCGAGAUGAAAUGAGUGGCUAACGACUGACCUGUGCCACUGCACCACCACCACCACCAGCAACCUGUAGCAUCUAACCAGUGCCUCUUCACCAGCCUGAUACACAAACACACCCACAUACAUACAAUUACCAACAGAACACCAUCAGACUGUGACAUCAGGUGCAAGGGGAUGACCGAACGCAUUCACCACAUUAAUCUCCACAACUUUAGCAAUUCUGUACUUGAGACCCUCAAUGAGCAGCGAAACCGCGGGCACUUCUGUGACGUGACCGUUCGGAUCCAUGGUAGCAUGCUGCGAGCUCACCGUUGUGUGCUGGCUGCAGGGAGCCCCUUCUUUCAGGACAAGCUGCUCCUGGGCUACAGCGACAUCGAGAUCCCCUCUGUGGUAUCCGUACAGUCUGUCCAGAAGCUGAUCGACUUCAUGUACAGUGGCGUGCUGCGGGUCUCCCAGUCCGAGGCCCUGCAGAUCCUCACAGCUGCCAGCAUUCUUCAAAUCAAGACCGUUAUCGAUGAGUGCACCCGCAUUGUUUCGCAGAAUGUUGGCAUCUCUGGAUCUGGCAGCUUCCCUGUCAUCCAGGGUGACUCGGGCCAAGAGACGCCACGGGGAACUCCAGAGUCUGGCACAUCCGGUCCCAGUAGUGACGCCGAAUCAGGCUACAUGCAAACAUCACACCAGAGCCUUGACCGUGGUUAUUCCUCGCUUUAUUACAGCUGUUCUGGGUUGGGCCUGCAAAAUGGUACCCGGGGAAACCGCUCCCACUAUGCCAGUGCUGUGGUUGCAGCUAGCUAUGAAUCACCCCUUCCACUACAGCAGAAGGAGGGAGGGCAGGACCCUGCCUGGAUCACACGCAUCCACGAGCGUUCCCAACAGAUGGAACGCUUCCUGGCCACGUCAGAGACUACACACUGUCGCAAACAGCCUCGACCCGUGAGGCUCCAGACAGGUGAUGUUCAUAUCAAGCAGGAACAGGGGGAUGAGUACAACUGCUAUGGGCUUGAGGACUGUCGUGAGGACAACGAACAGCCGGAGUGUACCGAUAGCGAACCCAAAGGUGAGAGCUUUGACUCAGGGGUCAGCUCCUCCAUUGGCACUGAGACUGAUUCUGUUGAGCAGCCCUUGUCUGGGUUCAGUCGAGAAAAUUGUCCAAAUAAAGGCCAACAAGGGGAGGGUGGAACUCCGGUGCAGAUCGAGGUCAACGACUCGUCUCCCGAGCAGACCCAUGAGGCGGUUGAAGAUGGUGGUGGAAAUGGCCCUGUGCUAGAAGGUGGUGAACUUGGAAUCCAUCAGCCACUUCAAGCCAACCUAGCUGCAUCCCAGUCCGUGCCAGGUGGGCAACUGUACCUGCGUCCAGGUGAGCCACUUACCAGCAACCUGCGAAUGCCCCUCACCAUGACCAGCAACAUGCAGGUAAUGGGAACUGCAGGCAACACUUACUUGCCCACACUCUUUGCAACCCAAUCAUCCAGCGACAACAAGCCUUUCCUCUUCAGUCUGCCCCAGUCCAUGGGGAGUCAGCAGCCCCAGUUUGUGGCAGUGCCCUCUCCCAGCAUGCCCCCGUUCCCCACUGGGCUGUCAGUGCCACCAGGUGGAGGUCAACAACAAGGUGGUGUGGCAGUGGGACAGCAUGGGGAGAAGAAGCCCUACGCGUGUACUCUCUGUUCUAAGACCUUUACUGCCAAACAAAACUACGUAAAACACAUGUUUGUGCACACUGGUGAAAAACCGCACCAGUGCAGUAUCUGCUGGCGUUCAUUUUCACUGAAGGAUUAUCUUAUCAAACACAUGGUCACGCACACGGGCGUCCGAGCGUAUCAGUGCAGCAUCUGCAACAAACGCUUCACCCAGAAGAGCUCGCUCAACGUCCACAUGCGCUUGCACCGCGGAGAAAAAUCCUACGAGUGCUACAUCUGCAAGAAGAAGUUCUCCCACAAGACCUUGCUGGAGCGCCACAUGACCCUGCACAGCACUGGAACGGGGGUCUCGGGGGUCAAUGCCACGGGAAACACCAGUGGUCCCGCAUCCAUCCCGGUUCCGAUAGCCGUUCCAGAGCCAGGAGCAGGAGUGGUGGCUCUCGCCAUGCCGGCGGGAGCGGGCAGAGCAGGGGGCGGAGUCGGAAGCACUGGAGUGGGCAUUGCUGCAGAAGCAGGUUGCCAGGAGGGGACCACCUACAUGUGCUCCGUGUGCCCAGUCAAGUUUGACCAAAUCGAGCACUUCAAUGACCACAUGCGCAAGCAUGUCUCCGACGGAUAAUAUAGGUGUAAAAGUAACUUCAGUUAUGGCUGCUUCUAGCGUCGCUGAAGAGGAACUUUCCAUGGAUAAUGAACAUGUUAUCAGUGCCAGUGAAGAUGAGGAGGGCAGCGAUAAUGAAAGGAAACACACCAAGCUGCUUGAAGCCAUCAGUUCUCUGGGUGGAAGGAGAAGGUAAAAACAGAAUGAGCGCUCUGAAGCAAGUCUGCACGUCUCAGAGUUCUUUGUCAAUCCUGAAGGUGCUGGAGAUAGGGUCAAACUUUCUGAUCUGCUGGGAACCCUAGAGAAGACUUCAGGAGCCUCCAACAAGACUAAGAAACAGCUGAGGAACCUGCAGAACAGAAAAGAAACAUUGGAGCUCCCCCUCAACAAACAGCAGACUGAGAAGUGAUCGAUCGAUGUAUGACAGCAAGAUCCUCCAAGUCUGCAACAACCUUCGUCAGCAUUGCCAUCAUGUUCGACAGCUGACGCUGGAUCUCUUCCACUGCACCGGCCGAAUUGAGUCCCAGGCUUUCGCCUGUUGUUCAGGGGCUUCAACUUGAGCACAUUCAGAGAGGUAUAGCAUAUGAGAAGACCACUAAAGAAGUGUCUCGCUGGCAAAACAUGAUAGUUCAGAACCAGAAGGCUGAGCAGCUGGUCUUUCCUCUGAACCAGGAGCCUUCAGGGCCCAAACGGGUGGAGCAGGUUGUGGCUGGAUGGAAGGUUCAGACACCUCUUGAAAAAGAGAUUUUCACACUCUUGCGCAACAACAAACAGCCAGUCCAUGACCCUGUGUUGACUCCAGUUGAGGAGGCAUCGCUUAAGGCCAUGAGUUUGGAGGAGCAGGCUAAGAUUCGUCAUGUAGAGCUCCAGAAAGCAAGAGUACUCCAGUCGUACUACGAGGCAAAAGCUAAAAGAGAAAAGAAAAUCAAGAGCAAAAU